UCCCGCUUCCUUCUCCCUUUUCCCGUUUCCUUCUCCCAUUUUCCCGUUUCCUGCUUCCUUCCCGUCAGCUGUUGCUGCCUUUCCGCGGCAGUGCCGCUCCUGGAACGCUGGGAGGUCGUGCGGGGUGUGAGGGGGCUCCGGGGCUGAGGAGUUCAGCGCUUUCUUUUCCCUUUCCUUUUCUCUUUCCUCUUCCCUUCCUUUUCCUCGUUCCCUUUCUGUUCUCUGCCCUCUUCCCUUCUCUUUUGCAGGGGUGUCCGGGCCUGUCAGCGCGGGGAGAGCAGCGUCUGCCAUGGCCAAUGUGCUCUGUACCAGAGCAAGGUUGGUCACCUACCUGCCAGGCUUUUAUUCCUUGCUCAGGAGAGUGGGGAAUGCCAAAGCUUUUUCCACUGCAGGAUCCUCGGGCUCAGAUGAGCCUCACGUGGCUGCUGCACCUCCUGAUUUAUCUCCCAGGACGGUGUGGCCGGACGAGCUGAUGGGUCCCUUCGGGCCGCAGGACCAGCGCUUCCAGCUGCCGGGGCACAUGGGCUUCGGCUGCCACCUGCACGGCACCGCCCCCCAGAGAGCCCGGCCCGCCCCCAGCCUGCCCGACCUCCUGGCCGAGCCCUCGGCCGGCGACAGGCACGAGUUUGUCAUGGCCCAGUGCAUCAGCGAGUUCCAGGGUUCUGAUGCUCCCCAGAAGCAGCAGAUCAAUAAUGCUGAGACCUACUUUGAAAAUGCCAAGGUGGAAUGUGCAGUGCAAGCCUGUCCUGAGCUGCUGAGAAAAGAUUUCCAGUCGCUGUUCCCGGAGGUGAGGCCCAAGCGCCUGACCGUGCUCACCGUCACCCAGAGGAGCCAGCACGACAUGAGCGUGUGGAGCCAGGAGGUGGAGGAGGAGAGGGAGAUGCUCCUGGAAAAUUUCAUCAAUGGUGCCAAGGAAAUCUGCUAUGCAAUUUCUGCUGAGGGCUACUGGGCUGAUUUCAUUGAUCCAUCCUCAGGACUGGCAUUUUUCGGGCCUUACAGCAACCGCCCCCUGCUGGAGACCGACGAGCGCUACCGGCACUUGGGCUUUGCCGUGGACGACCUGGGCUGCUGCAAAGUGAUCCGGCACCACCUGUGGGGCACCCACGUGCUCGUGGGCAGCAUCUUCACCAAUGCUGAGCCCGACAGCCCCGUCAUGAGGAGGCUCAGUGGCUGCUGAGCCUGACAGCCCCGUCAUGAGGAGGCUCAGUGGCUGCUGAGCCCAACAGCCCCGUCAUGAGGAGGCUCAGUGGCUGCUGAGCCCGACAGCCCCGUCAUGAGGAGGCUCAGUGGCUGCUGAGCCCAACAGCCCCGUCAUGAGGAGGCUCAGUGGCUGCUGAGCCCGACAGCCCCGUCAUGAGGAGGCUCAGUGGCUGCUGAGCUCCCUCAGCCCCAUCAUGAGGAGGCUCAGUGGCUGCUGAGCCUGACAGCCCCGUCAUGAGGAGGCUCAGUGGCUGCUGAGCCCAACAGCCCCGUCAUGAGGAGGCUCAGUGGCUGCUGAGCCUGACAGCCCCGUCAUGAGGAGGCUCAGUGGCUGCUGAGCUCCCUCAGCCCCGUCAUGAGGAGGCUCAGUGGCUGCUGAGCCCGACAGCCCCGUCAUGAGGAGGCUCAGUGGCUGCUGAGCCCGACAGCCCCGUCAUGAGGAGGCUCAGUGGCUGCUGAGCCUGACAGCCCCGUCAUGAGGAGGCUCAGUGGCUGCUGAGCUCCCUCAGCCCCGUCAUGAGGAGGCUCAGUGGCUGCUGAGCCCGACAGCCCCGUCAUGAGGAGGCUCAGUGGCUGCUGAGCCCGACAGCCCCGUCAUGAGGAGGCUCAGUGGCUGCUGAGCCUGACAGCCCCGUCAUGAGGAGGCUCAGUGGCUGCUGAGCUCCCUCAGCCCCGUCAUGAGGAGGCUCAGUGGCUGCUGAGCCUGACAGCCCCGUCAUGAGGAGGCUCAGUGGCUGCUGAGCUCCCUCAGCCCCGUCAUGAGGAGGCUCAGUGGCUGCUGAGCUCCCUCAGCCCCGUCAUGAGGAGGCUCAGUGGCUGCUGAGCUCCCUCAGCCCCAUCAUGAGGAGGCUCAGUGGCUGCUGAGCCCGACAGCCCCGUCAUGAGGAGGCUCAGUGGCUGCUGAGCUCCCUCAGCCCCAUCAUGAGGAGGCUCAGUGGCUGCUGAGCUCCCUCAGCCCCGUCAUGAGGAGGCUCAGUGGCUGCUGAGCUCCCUCAGCCCCGUCAUGAGGAGGCUCAGUGGCUGCUGAGCUCCCUCAGCCCCGUCAUGAGGAGGCUCAGUGGCUGCUGAGCUCCCUCAGCCCCGUCAUGAGGAGGCUCAGUGGCUGCUGAGCCUGACAGCCCCGUCAUGAGGAGGCUCAGUGGCUGCUGAGCUCCCUCAGCCCCGUCAUGAGGAGGCUCAGUGGCUGCUGAGCCUGACAGCCCCGUCAUGAGGAGGCUCAGUGGCUGCUGAGCUCCCUCAGCCCCAUCAUGAGGAGGCUCAGUGGCUGCUGAGCCCGACAGCCCCGUCAUGAGGAGGCUCAGUGGCUGCUGAGCCCUCCCUGCAGCUCCCUCAGCCUCCUGCCCCAUCUUGGGAUGGAGUUCUUGGCUGAUCCUCCCUCGGUAUGGCCAGGGCUUGCUCACUUCCAAGUGUUCUUAGAGAAUAAAAGUAGCUGGUAUUUAUUUCUAGGCUUUUGGGAAUGUGUGUUCACCACGUGUGGCUUUGGAAUAUGGAUGGACAGUGGUGAGAAUCAAAGGAGGGAUCGUUUCCUUUUGAAAUUCUCCAUUUUCUCUUACAUCAAGCAGUGAAAUAACUGCUGAGGAAUAGGGAUGGACAGCGUUGAGAAUCAGAGGAGGGAUCGUUGCCUUUUGAAAUUCUCAGUCUUCUCUUACGUCAGCAGUGAAAUAAUUGCUGAGGAAUAGGGAUGGACAGCAUUGAGAAUCAGAGGAGGGAUCAUUUCCUUUUGAAAUUCUCCAUCUUCUCUUACCUCAGCGGUUCUUUCACUGCUUGAUGUAGUGCUUAGAAUCCUCUGAAAAUGCCACUGAAAUUCCCAACAAAUCUGCCAUUCCUGAAAUUAGGAACUGGCAAAAAAAAACACAGAAUGAGUCAUAAAAUUGUUCUCCCAGAAUACAGAACUUAAUAAAAUCUGGGCUAAUCACUCAUUUGCUGUUGGAAAAUGAGAAUGAGGUCAACUUCCAGUGGUCUCCAACUCAUCCAGAGACUCCAUAAAAACUCCUUAAUUACCUUGGAAUUACUCAUCUCUUACUGUUUUUUGUCUUCAUGGUGCUUGGGAUUUAUUUUCUCAGUAUUAGCUAAAUAUAUUUAAUUAGUUUAUAUACCUAAAUGUAAUUUAAAGUUGCUUUUGUAACUUUCUUAGGUCAUUAAAUACAAGAAAAAAAAAGAGAUAAUAGGGCAAUGCUUGGAUCUCAUCAUUGUUUUCCUGGACUUGGAUGCAAUUUAGAUUUGCCUCUGGAAUUUGGAAAUUAGUUAGGAUCAGUUAUUGCAAUUAGAGAUGUUUCAACAGGAAGGUUCCAGGCUCCCCAGGUCUUACAAAAACACUCAGUCAAUGGUGGGAGCAGCAGGGCAGGAAUUCCAAGGCUCCUGAAACCCCUGGAAUUUCAGUGCCUUGCACUUUGGCUCAGGGGCUGAAGCAAUAAAGGAGAUUUGGAUCCCAUCCCAGGCAGUGUGGGGCCAUUUUUAUGGAGCAGUGGGAACCUCUCAGGCUUUAUUCCAUGGGAAUGUGCAGCAGCUCAGGAUCCAGGGAUUUUACCUCAACCUUUGUUGUUAUCCUGGGAUAACAGUUUGGGACCCUUUUUUAUGGAGCAGUGGGAACCUUUCAGGCUUUAUUUCACAGGAAUGUGCAGCAGCUCAGUGUGGCUGAGGAUCCAGGGAUUUUAACUUGAUCUUUGGAGCCAUUUUCAUGGAGCAAUGGGAAUCCAGGCUUUAUUCCAGCUCAGUCUGGGUGAGGAUCCAGGGAUUUUACCUCGACCUUUGGUGUUCUCCCAGAAAGUUUGGGACCCUUUUUAUGGAGCAGUGGAAUCCUUCAAGCUUAAUUCCACAGAAAUGUGCAGCAGCUCAGUGUGGGUGAGGAUCCAGGGAUUUUAACUUGCUCUUUGCUGUUAUCCCAGGCACUUCUGGAGCCAUUUUCAUGGAGCAAAGAGAAUCCAGGCUUUAUUCCAGCUCAGUGUGGCUCAGGAUCCAGGGAUUUUAACUUGAUCUUUGGUGUUAUCCCAGGCACUUUGGAGCCAUUUUUAUGGAACAGUGGGAAUCCUUCAGGCUUUAUUCCACAGAAAUGUGCAGCAGCUCAGUGUGGGUGAGGAUCCAGGGAUUUGAACUUGAUCUUUAUUGUUAUCCUGGGGUAACAGUUUAGGACCCAUGUUUCCUGGAGCAGUGGGAAUCCUUCAAACUUUAUUCCAUGGGAAUGUGCAGCAGCUCAGUGUGGCUGAGGAUCCAGGGAUUUUACCUUGAUCUUUGGUGUUAUCCCAGAAAGUUUGGGACCCUUUUUAUGGAGCAGUGGGAAUCCUUCAGGCUUAAUUCCACAGGAAUGUGCAGCAGCUCAGUGUGGGUGAGGAUCCAAGGAUUUUAACUUGAUCUUUGCUGUUAUCCCAGGCACUUUUGGAGCCCUUUUUAUGGAGCAAAGAGAAUCCAGGCUUUAUUCCAGCUUAAUGUGGGUGAGAAUCCAGGGAUUUUAACUUGAUCUUUGGAGCCAUUUUCAAGGAGCAAAGAGAAUCCAGGCUUUAUUCCAGCUCAGUGUGGGUGAGGAUCCAGGGAUUUUAACUUGAUCUUUGCUGUUAUCCCAGGCAGUUUGGGACCCUUUUUAUGGAGCAGUGGGAAUCCUUCAGGCUUAAUUCCAUGGGAAUGUGCCAGCAGCUCAGUGUGGGUGAGGAUCCAGGGAUUUUAACUUGAUCUUUGGAGCCAUUUUCACAGAGCAAUGAGAAUCCAGGCUUUAUUCCAGCUCAGUGUGGCUGAGGAUCCAGGGAUUUUCCCUUGCCCUUUGCUGUUAUCCCAGUGUUUUCCAACCCCAUGGAUUCCAGACCUGGCCCAGGCUCUAAGCCAGGCCCAGCAAGGCUUUCCUGGCUUUAGGAGCAGCUCCUGGAGCAAGUGCCCCUCUCUGGCCCUGUCACCUGCCCUUCAUGGCCUGGCUGCAUCACAGACAGGGCUGGCAGCUGUUCCCAAAGUUCCCAUUCCCAAUUCCUGCCAUGGAAUUUGUGCUGUGACUCCAGAGCCCAGCCCUGACUGCUGCUCUCCAUAAAAUCUCUGUUACUCCAAGGAUUUUAUUCCUAUUUUUUUUUUGUUUCCUUCUUAAGAAGAUUAAAGAAGUUGAGAACUGCA